CGACCGCCGCCUGCCUGCCUGCCUGCACACCACCUUUCUCCCCCCGCAUUCUUCCAGAAAGACACCACCCGCCCGCCUUUGUUGGCCAUGCCGGGCCGCCUGCUUUCCCUUGUUCGGCCAGCGCCCUCGUCGCUGCCCACAGGCCCUUUCAAGCACCACGCCAGACCCAGCCCCGACGAACCAGCGCCGCUGUUCCCCCCCGUCUACUCUGUCGAGCGUCCCCCCAACCCUCGCUCCCGAUCACAGGAUUCUCUCGUCAUGGAAGCCUUCAAGCGCCACAGCCUGGGCGCCCGCUCCCACUCCGACAAGAAGAACAGUCCCAAGUCUACCCCCAAGGCUGGCAGCCCGCGCCUGGAGCCCCACGCUGCUGCCGUCAUGAACAUGAAGGUCGAGUCACCCCCACUCGUCUUCUACAACAGCCCCCAAGAGUCAUCCGGAGCCCUUCUCUCGGGUCUGCUCCUCAUCGACGUCCACGAUCCCUACAUCACCUUGGACAAAUUCGAGAUGAAGUUGCUCGCCGUCGUUACCACCAAGAAGCCUGUUCAUGCCAAUUGCGCCGACUGCGCCAACCAAAUCACCGAGAUCAAGAAAUGGGAUUUCAUUUCCGCCCCAGUGUCGCUACGUCAUGGCAAGGACCAUUCAUACCCCUUCAGCACCAUUCUCGCCGGCACCUUGCCCGCCACUACCCGCGGCCAGCUCGCCACUCUCGAUUACUACCUCGAUGCUGUUGCCACCUUGUCGAAUGGUAAGACCAUUACCUACAAGCGGAAUCUGGAUGUUAAGCGCGCCAUCUUCCCCGGGAACGACAAGCACUCGGUUCGCAUCUUCCCUCCCACCAACCUCACUGCCACAGUGAAGCUUCCUCCAACCGUCUACCCUAUUGGCGAUUUCCCAAUCGAGCUGCGACUUGCUGGUGUCACCCAGAACAGUGGUGAUGCACAGACUCGAUGGCGACUUCGCAAGCUUAAUUGGCGGAUCGAAGAGACGGCCAAGUACAUUGCCCCCGCCUGCGCAAAACACGCACAAAAGGUUGGCGGAGAGGGCAAAGGCAUCCUUCACGAGGAUACGCGCAUCAUUGCCAACCAAGAGGUCAAGACUGAGUGGAAGACGGAUUUUGACGCUGGUAACAUCGAAGCCGAAUUCCGCGCCGCCUGCAACAUGGCUUUGAAGCCCCUCUGCGACAUGGACAGCCCCAACGGCAUGAGCGUCAAGCAUAACCUCGUUAUCGAAAUGGUCGUUGCCGAGGAGUGGGCCCCUUUGAAGAAGCUCAGCCAAGCCACUCCCACCGGAGCAGCACGCGUGCUUCGAACCCAGUUUCACUUGGUUGUUACUGAACGCUCUGGCAUGGGCAUUGCAUGGGAUGAGGAGCAGCCCCCUAUGUACGAGAAUGUCCCAGCAAGCCCGCCAAACUACAACAACGACACGACCGUUAGCGAUUACGACAUUGGUGCGUUGAGCGACGAUACUGAGCAUUUGCGAUUGUAA